ACAGCCUUUCCGAGAUACCAAAUCACUCCUAUUGCAACCUUAUUCCCCUUCGGAACAGAUCAAAAUGAGUUUUCUCGGACUCUUCGGGGGUGGUUCCUCCGCGAACCCUAACGCUGAAUAUGGAGACGAAAGUGCGGCUACCCAGGAGAUCACUUACACCGGCAUCGCGGAGGAUAUCAAAGCCUCUGGUGGGAAAAUACCAGAAGACUUGAAACUGUUGCUCGAGACGGGUGUUCAGAAGGCGUCAAAAGGACCAGUUGAUGAUAGGAAGUUGGUCGUCAGUAUACUCAUUCUCAAAUCAUAGGUGUUCCCGCGAUGAUGUGAAUACUUUCGAAAUGUUAACAUGAUAUGUUUCUCAUCGGUAGAUGGAACGGCUCAUCGGGCUUGUGGCAUCAUUACCACAGAAUUCGGCCAACCGAAAGAAGCUCACAAGCACAAUUAUCGAUACCCUAUGGGAUUCGCUCCAGCAUCCCCCCCUUUCUUACGUAGGUGAUAAGUAUCAAUAUCGUCAAGCAGAUGGCUCUUACAAUGUUAGUUUUCCCGAGCGGCCGUGAGAGUGGAGUAGUAUGCUGAACAUCCGCAGAACAUCAUGUAUCCCGAUCUCGGGAAGGCUGGCACGGAAUAUGCACGGACAGUCCGUCAAGACAAGAAGCUCUAUGGAGCCAAACCGGAUCCUGGAUUGCUCUUUGACCGUACGUGAAUCAACCCGGAAAGAUACCCGCUCCUAUUGACUCCUGGUAUAGUGCUCAUGGCUCGAGGGGACAAUUUCAAACAAAACCCCGCCGGAAUCUCAAGUGUACUCUUUUACCAUGCUUCGAUAAUUAUCCACGGUAAGCAAUGGUCCCCUAGGGGUCUGUAUAAUGUUUUCUUUUUUUCCUGCGCUGACAGAGACCAGAUGUUUUCCGGACGGAUCGAGAAAAUUUCGCAAAGAGUGAGACAUCCUCAUAUCUCGAUCUUGCACCCCUUUACGGUAGCAACCAAGAAGAGCAAGACCAAAUCCGAACAAUGCAGGAUGGCUUGAUCAAACCAGACACCUUCUCGGAGAAGAGGCUUCUCGGUCUUCCCCCAGGAAUUUGUGUCCUCUUGGUCAUGUACUCUCGCUUCCACAAUUACGCAGCGAAAACAUUAAAGGCAAUUAAUGAAAACGGACGUUUUUCAUUGCCUAGAUCGCAUACCACCGACACUCCAGAGGCCCAGGCCAAGAAUCUGGCGAAGCUGGAUAACGACCUUUUCCAAACUGCGCGAUUGUGAGUGGUCUUCUACCGAGACCUGUCCACACCAUCCCCGGUAGAUCUACAGCGAGCGCUAACCCGAGACUUUAUUAGGAUCACCAAUGGUCUCUACGUAAAUAUCAGUUUGCAUGAGUACUGCAACACCCGACAAGAGAGUGAAAUUUCACUGCUGAUAGCCUCCGUUAUUUAGUUAUAUCCGCGGAAUUGCGAAUCUCAAUCAUUCCGACUCUACGUGGACUCUUGAUCCCCGCGUAGAGAUUGACAAAACUUUUGAUGGAGAGGGCACCCCGAGAGGUGUUGGGAAUCAGGUCUCUUGCGAAUUCAAUCUUCUUUACCGUUUCCAUUCCGGGGUUUCCAAACGUGACGAUGCCUGGACCAAGGAUUUCUUUGGGAAAAUUUUCCCAGGACAAGACCCUACUACCAUUGGAGUGCCCCAGUUGUUGCAAGGUCUCAAGAUCUUUGAGAAAGGCAUUGCAGAGGAUCCCGCGAAGCGGACCUUCGGUGGCCUAAAGAGAACUGGCGCUGAUGGAACCGGUGCUUUCAGCGAUGACGAUCUUGUCAAGAUCCUCAAGGAGAGUAUUGAGGAUCCGGCUGGUAAGUGUAUCUAUACGAUGUUGGGUAUUGCGGGUUGGAUUGACGUGAAAAAAUAGGAGCCUUUGGAGCGAACACUGUUCCCGAGAUCCUUAAGCCUGUAGAGGUUCUGGGAAUUAUUCAAGCCCGGAAAUGGCAGGUUGCCUCAUUAAACGAAUUCCGUGCAUUCUUCGAUUUGAAGAAGCACAAGACCUUCGAGGACAUCAACCCCGAUCCUUAUGUCGCAAAUACGCUGAGGAAGCUCUAUGACCACCCUGAUAUGGUGGAAAUGUAUCCCGGAAUGUUUUUGGAAGACACUAAGCCCAGAAUGGACCCUGGAAUGGGGCUUUGUAAGGGCUCUAGAACCCGGUUACCGAAGGCCACCUGCUCACUGAAUGAUAGGCGCUCCAUAUACCGUUACACGUGCAGUCUUUUCCGACGCCGUCACAUUGGUCCGCAGCGACCGGCACUUGACCCUAGUAAGUCAUUGAAGGGAGGGGCUACUCAGUCCCUACAAAGGCUUACAAAAAUUAGGACUACACUCCGGCCAAUUUGACCAACUGGGGGAUCACAGAAGUAGCUCAAGAUUACGAUACCCUCGGGGGGGCUAAGAUGUUUCAUUUGAUCCUGAACGCCUUCCCAUCGUACUUCAAGUACAACUCUGUGUACGCCAUGCAGCCAUUCUACACGCCAACCGAAAGCCGCAAGAUAUUCGAUAAGUUUGAAAAAUCGCACUUGUACUCGUUUGACCCGCCAGCAAAGACAGCCUCACCAAUCCCCAUUCUUACCCAUGCUGGUCUAAAGCGUAUUUUAAACGAUCAAAAGAACUUCAAGGUUCCGUGGGGAGAAUCGAUGGAGGCAUUGAAUAACGAGAAUGACUUUAUGCUUGCUGGUGAUUUGAGUUCACAUACUGCGCAGAGGAACCUCGUAGGAGAUGCGAUCUACGACGUCACUGGCUCAAGGAAGCAGUUCAAGGACUAUACAGAGGAAAUUACCUUGAAGCUUUUGAAGCGGGAGGUUUACCAGCUUGGAAAAGUCCCAUUUAGCCAAGUUGACAUCGUUAGGGAGUAAUAACACCCCCUCCCUAUCAUCGGUUCGAAAGAAAAAAGGAAGCUAAAUUCUUAUAGCAUUGGAAACUUGGCUUGCUUGCAUUUUGCUGCAUCGUUACUCUACCUACCAUUGAAAUCUGAUGAGAACCCGAAUGGCCAAUAUUCAGAGCUGGAAUUGUACAAGACAUUGACUGACCUGACCUGGUUUGUUUUCUCCGAUUCAGAUCCAACGAAAUCGUGGGAGCACCGCCGCGAGGCUAAAAAGAGUAUCGAUAAGCUCGGAGAAGUCAUGGUUGGAGAGAUCAAGAAGUUCAAGACCCCGCUUGGCGUUUGGAGCAAGCUCACAGGAGCUCCCGGUAUCAGGCCACCCCCUCCAUCUCUCAAGGAUUACGGUUCCAACCUUGUAAAGAGGCUUUUGGACUCUGGAAAAAGCGUGGAGGACGUCGCCUGGAUGCUAUUGUGGAGUGGGUGCGCUUUCGUUGCCAACUCUGCUUGUGCAGUAGGUAUCCCCCAUUCCAUUUGCUCCGGAGGGCCCACGCUGACACUUCGAUAGUUCGCCCAAUUGAUCGAUUUCUACCUCCAAGAUGACAACAGAAAGCAUUGGGCCGAAAUCCAACGUCUCUCAACUCUCAACACCCCCGAAGCUGACAAGCUUCUAACAAAGUACACCCUGGAAGGCACCCGUCUCUCCAACUCCCUCGGAAUCUUCCGCAAUGUCGAGCCCGUGGACUCUCAAGCCAUAACCAUAAAGCAGCUAGGACAGGACGUCGUCCUCAAGAAGGGCGACAAGGUAUUUGUCAGCUUCGUCUACGCAUCGAAGGAUGCUAGCGUCUUCCCCGACCCACUGGAGAUCAAGCUCGACCGACCGACCGAGCUGUACAUCACCCAUGGAGAGGGACAGCACCAGUGCCUCGGCAAGGAUAUCAAUAUCAUCCAGAACACGUACAUGCUGAAGACCUUGGCGAAGUUGAGGAACUUUAGGAGAGCUCCGGGCGAUGAGGGUAAGCUGAAGUUUAUCCCCAAGGCAGGUGGUAUCAAGCUUUACAUGAAUGCCGAUUGGAGCAAGUUCACCCCCUACCCAACUAGUAUGUUCUCCUCAUUAUAUCCCCCCACGAUCUUUUAUGAUACUGACUAGUUUAUAGCUAUGCGGGUACAAUUUGACGGGCCGAUCGUCUCUUAAACGUAGUAGGACUGGAAAAGGGUGUUUUUAAGGGCAUUGGUAACAUUGAGAUUGGAUACCUGUAUUAG